AUUGAGUAACACUGACUGAUCUGUGAGAAGAGAUUUAUGUAAACUGCACCUAAACCACAAGUCACAUGGCCUUGUCCUCCUCUCCCCCCCCACCCCGUUCGUGCGUUUGCUACUUUUGCUCACAACUGAGGUUAUGUUUUUAGUUUGCUUCCUUCCUCAGUCGCGCAAGGUUCCUUAAGCAAUGCUAGCCUGUGAAUGACUUCCAGUUGAAUUCAAGAUGUCCUUAAAGAGGCUCAUUCAGCAGAACCGCAACGCCAACUGUGUGGGCUCAGUUUACACCCCAUACUUGGACCCAGUAGGUAACCCACCACUGGACAACAAAAGAAGCCAGGCAUUCACAAAUUCAAUAGACAUGUUGUCUAGGGACUACAAGCAGCUUGCUUUAAGUAGGACAAUCUCUUCAGGUGACUCUGUUGGCCCUCGAAGAAAGUCAGUUAAAAUCUUCAAAGAUGAUAAUGAAACGUUUGGAUUUGAAAUUCAGACCCUUCGAUUGCAGCGCCACAUCAGCCACUCCUUGGAAACUUGCACGUACAUCUGCAAAGUUAAAGAAGGAAGCCCCGCCUCUCUUGCCGGACUCCAAAGUGGUUAUAUUUUGACCAACAUCAACGGAAUGAGCAUCGAAGGACUUGCUCAUAAGCAAAUGGUGGACUUGAUCAAGUCAUCAGGGAACUUUUUGAGGUUAGAUACUGUGAAUGAGUCCUUUAUAAUGAAGCGGAUGGAACUGGAAACUAAGCUGCGGUUCUUGAAGAAAACCCUGCAAGAAAAAUUGCUGGAGUUCCAGUCACUGUGCUUACGAGAACACCACCUUGCCAAUGGGGAAAUGUGCUCGCCACUUGAAUUUGUGGGACUGGAAGAAUCUAACUUAUUUGGUGAUUUUGCUGGAUCAGGGUCAGCCUUGGCAAACAAACCCCGAUUUCCCAGCGAAAGCAGCUGUUUAAGCCGCCUGAGCUCAAUGACUGUGGACAGUGAGGACAGCUUCUACCAAGCCUACGAUUCAGAGGAUCCUGCUAGUGGGACUUUUAGCCGGCAGUCGAGCACAGAAGACGACUGCUUCCUCUCAAGGGACAGUGAUGUUGCCUUUGUGAAGAGUUCACUGAGAAGGCACAGAAGCAUCAGUGUGACGAGCAGUGGGUCAGCAUCUCCCUCUUGGGAUGGAAGCAACGUCUCAAACAUAUUUGGGACUCUCCCGCGGAAAAGCCGGAAGGGAAGUGUUCGAAAGAGGCUGCUGAAAUUCAUCCCUGGCCUUUACCGAGCCGUAGAAGAGGAAGAAAGUCGUGUCUGACAACUGAAGUGGGCUAGGAACUGCAUCCUUCAGUGAAUAUCUGGGCAACAACCUGCAGCUUUCAAACCAUUCAGACAGAAGUGCAGGUCCUACGUCAGGGACAAAAUACAAUUCCCAUCAUCCCUGAUCAUUGGCCAUGCUGGCAGAGGCUGAUGGGAACUGGAGUCCAACAACAUCUAAAGGCCAAAGAUUUCCCCAUCCCUAACGUUGUGCCUGCACUUCAUUCAGUGAAAAGUCAAUGGAGGUGAAGGGAACACUUGAGACUGAGAGACUUGUUUUUGCCUGAAAUAGUUUCAAGACAUCCAUAUUGAUAUUAUAUAUAUACAGAGCUUUUUGGGGUGAAGGGCAGUAGGGUGGAUGGCUGUUUUCAAAUGACAUUCGUACAUUGUGGGUCAGACAUGGCAACUGCUAGGAACUAAGUGUCAUGAUGGUCCUUUCCCAAGUCUUACUAGCUGCUAACAAUAAAAUUGGACAUAUUUCUUAUCUAGGUGAUCAAACAAAGGCCCAUUCACAAGUUUGGCUCUACCAGCACAUUUCCUUCACACAGUUAUUAAGGGUUCGCAGCUGUCCACACUUGUUUUCUUCUCCCUUUCUGAUCACAUGGAAAAAGUAACCCAUGAACCAGAAGAAUGUGUGUGUAGUGGUUUGCAGGAGUACAGCAAUUCCUGGGAUUUGAGAAGCCUUAAGAAGCAAAGCAAAUCUAUUAUAAGCAUGAGAAUUGAUGCAAUCUUGUGAACCAGCAUACAGGUAUAUUUAGAAUUAUUUCUUGCAUGUACAGCCAUACCUCGGGUUACAAACGCUGCAGUUUGCACGUUUUCGGGUU